GCUCACUCUAACCUCACCUCCCUGAUUGAAAACCAGCACAGCCGCGCCCCUUCUCUCGGUGUCUCUACAGUCGACCAUCCUCUGUUCGUGUCUCUGCUCCAGCCGUGCCUCACAUCUAGACCUCGCCUGUGGUUUCUCUUCUCCCUGCCGUCCUCGCAUCCGUGCUUCUACUGCCCUUGGCCGUGCUCGCCUCAAGCCUUGUCUCAUAUCCAGACCUCGCCUCCAGCGGUUUCUCUUCUCCAACAUAAUAAUUUAGGAGGAUUACCCACCCCCAACUUAAUUUUAUUUGCUUCUCCGUGCGGGGGGUGGUAAUAGCUUCGGCGUCCCUUCACCAAGCGCCCUUCCCGGAGUCCUGUCCUCAAGUUUCCACAGCGAAAACGAACCCUCUCUCCUAACCCUCAGUCUCAGCACAACAUACAGAAUGCGAGCACCUGAAGAUAAUUCUACAGGUGUUGCUCCAGUAGAACUAAUUGAAAAAGAGUCAUCAAUGUAUGACAGUUUAUUGAUGACACUACGAUCAUGCAACAAAUCUCUUUUAGAAGCUUGCAAGAAGAGAAAAAGAGAAGAAGAAGAAGGUGUAAGUGACUCAGAAGAAGAAGAAGAAGAAGACAAUGACUCUGGAGCUCUUAGUGUUUCCAAUGAGAAAGAUAGUGAUGAAGAAGGAACUGAUAAUGAAAGAAGUCAUGUUUUAGAUAGUAAACUGCAAGAACCUAGCACAAUUAGCAUUAAGAAUGAAGAUGCUGAAUCAGAAGAUGAUGAAGAGGCAUCUGACUUGGAUCAGGAGAACAGCUUGGGUGUCAAUUCCAAAACUGUUGUCAAGGCAUCAGUGCCUACAAGUUCUUUCCUCGAGCACUUGGGCCAAAAGGUAUCAGAAGGAGAGAUUGACAAUCUAUCAAACAAAAAAUGGGAAUAUAAAUGGGAGGUGCCCGCAUUUGAAAUGCCAAAUUGCAAGUGGGUAGGGACAGGAAAGUGUUUUCUAAAGGAUGUUAACAUAGAUUCUAAUUAUGGUCUAAAGCAAAGAUUAUUUAAGCACUGGUUGGAUGCUUACAAAACAUGUGGAGGCAGUAAUUUUCAUUCCUCUAAGCAGAGAUUCUUCUUCUCCCUUUGUAACAGUUACAGGGAUAUAUUGCACUGCAACAAGAAACCCUUUUAUCUCAAAGGUCUGGAAGAAGACUCGAGUACCAUGGACGCUUACGUUAUGCAUUCUCUGAAUCAUGUAUUCAGAAGUAGAGAUCUUAUAAGAAAGAAUGAUUCAAAAAUGGCCAAGCAUCAAGAGAGUGCUGAGGAUGAAUUACUUGCUGUUGAUGGUUUCCUUGAUCAUGGGUUUACUCGUCCAAAGGUUUUGAUCUUAUUGCCUUUUAGAAAUAUAGCACUUCGGGUUGUUAGGAGGCUAAUACAACUGACACCUCAAGCUUACAAGGUCAAUGUAGAGCAUGCUGAUCGUUUCUAUAAUGAUUUUGGAACACGGGAUGAUGAAGACAGUGUAGAUGGUGAUGAAUUAGCACGAGAAGUUGGAAAUUCAAAACCGUUGAGGUCUUCCAAACCAUCUGAUUAUCAAGCACUUUUUAGUGGAAAUUAUGAUGAUGACUUCAUGAUAGGCAUUAAGUUUACAAGGAGGAGCAUAAAGUUAUACAGUGAUUUCUAUACCUCUGACAUGAUCAUUGCUUCUCCUCUCAACUUGCAUGCUAGAAUUGAGAGGGCUAUACUUGAUAAGGAAACAGAUGUUGAUUAUCUUUCCUCCAUAGAGGUUCUAGUUAUUGAUCAUGCAGAUGUAAUAACAAUGCAGAAUUGGAGCUUUCUCACUAAAGUUCUUGGACAAUUGAACCGUAUACCUUCUAAGCAACAUGGGACUGAUAUUAUGCGAAUUAGAAAGUGGUAUUUGGAUGGAAAUGCAAGAUUUUAUAGGCAAACAAUUAUUUUAGGUCAUUAUGUAAAUCCAGACAUUAAUGCUUCAUUCAGUAACCAAUGUGUUAACUACCAAGGAAAGGUAAAGUUAGUUUGCGAGUACAAAGGUGUUCUUUCAAAAGUCUUACUCCAAGUACGACAGGUUUAUGAGCGAUUUGAUGUAAACUCAAUAGCAAAUGCUGAUGAUGCUCGUCUUGAAUAUUUCAUUAAAAAGGUGUUCCCAAAGAUCAAAGAUUCUAUUCAGGGAGGAGUUAUGCUAUUUAUUAGUUCUUACUUCGAAUAUGUUAGACUGCGCAACUAUUUGAAGUCACAGAACGCAUCUUUCUGUGUAAUUGCAGACUACACUGAACCUAGUGAUGUAUCUCGUGCCCGAGUUCAGUUUUUUGAAGGAAGAAAGAAGGUCAUGCUUUAUACCGAGAGGGUUCAUUUCUUCCACAGAUAUAAGAUUCGUGGUAUUAAAAAUUUGAUUAUCUAUUCUCUUCCGGAGAGAAAGGAGUUCUACCCUGAGGUGGUUAACAUGCUUGAAGAGGCCAAUAACAUGACAUGCACUGUGCUUUUUUCUCAAUUUGAUCAACUCCGGCUGGAGAGAAUCGUCGGAACUGCCUCUGCAAGAAGGAUGGUCAAAUCGGAGAAGAAUGUAUUUUUAUUCUGUUAGAACAACUCUCUCUCUCUUCUCUAACUACAAAAUGGAAAAUCAGGAAGCUAGAUGGAUAAACCAGAACCAUUUGGUUGCUAACAACUUUUGUGUGGUGGGAGAAUUGAUAUAGUUAGCUUAGACUAACAAAAUGAUGAUGACAAAAGAGACUUUUUGGGAUUGGGGUGUGAGAAAAUGGUUGUCUCAGAGGGUCUUUGGAAAUGGUUGCUGCUGUGGAAGACUGCUUUAUAUACUUUGAUAAACUAUUUUUAUUGGAUGUAGUUAGAUGUUCACCUCUUUGAGGAUGCAUUUUUGGGGGAUUAUAUUAUUAACAACACUAGUAUAAUUCAAUAUAUUGAAGAAUUCUUUUAUUA